AUGGAUCAACGACCUGUGCCUAAAACGUACUAUUACCUUGACUAUAAAGAGUUUGUGGACGUCGUCAAGUGGAAAAUGUACAAGAUGCAAACGAUCGUCAGAGACAACUUGCGUACCGAAUCCGAAAAUAAGGGAUACAUUUGUCCCAAUUGUAAGAAACAGUAUUCGCCUCUCGAUGUGUUGUCGUUGGUGGAUAUGACGGACGGAUUAUUCCAUUGCGAUGCCUGUGAACAUGUACUGGAAGAGAACGACAAUGCUGAAAACGUAAAGGGCAGUCAACAGGUCUUGACUCGGUUACGGGAGCAAUCCCAACCCAUCAUUUCCUUGCUCAAACAAACCGAUUCGCUGGUCAUUCCUGCUAGUUAUAUUUUCCAAGGAAUUCCUGGUACCAAUCGGGCGAAUGGUGGAGCAAAAGACGAUUACGAACUGGCCAUUGCUCAGGAUACUGGAGCUGGUCAAGGCGAUAUUAUUGUCGAUUUGCAAAUGGAUAACGAAGCGGCUCGACGCGCCAAACUUGCGGAAGCGGAAGAGAAACGUCAACAGAACGCUUUACCUAUUUGGCAUCAGCGAUCUACUGUGUCGGAUGUACUUCACGGCACAGGAGAUCGAGACCCUGAAAUCAUAGAAGAGGAUGAAGAAGCUUUUGAAGAAGUCGCUACGGAUGAUUUCAAUGCCGACAGUGAUUAUUAUGCAAAGUACUAUGAAUCACUGAGUCAAGCGGCGCCAGUGGCCAUGGAUAGUGCAGGAGGAUUCGAUGAUGCGGAAGAAGACGAAGAAUUCGAGACAGUCAUGAAUGAUGUUAACGGGGAGACACGUCCGGAUUCGGAAUUUGCGGAAGAUUAUGGUGAAGCGGAUGAAGACAUCCCCAUGGUAUCAGUGAAUGGUAAAGUCGUACCAUUGAAUGAAGUGAUGGAAGAGGAUCAGCGAAAUAUGACCACAGAAGAAUACAAGGCAUAUUAUGAAGCAUGGCAACAAUGGCAAAUGAGCUAA